AUGGCGAGGCAAGGUCGGCCUGCGUCUGAGAGCUACCAGUCAGUCUGCUAUUCAGGAAGUCCGUCUGUCUCUUUAUCCAGCGGAUCUGAGAUUGUCGGACUGGACGAUGAGGAUGAUCAGGCGCCCAUCUUCUCCCUCUCAAAGAGCUCCAUGGAUGUGGUCAUGGCUUCAGGCCUGCCGCACAAGCGUGAUCCAGCCUGGGCCAGAACGGACCUGAGACGCAGCUCCAGCACCAACACCCACUCUGAGCAGAACUCUGUGACGCUCCAGCAGCUUCACCCUCAGAUGUGGCAGCACAUCAACGCCGCCAACAGCCAACAGUUGUGUCUCUCAACCCAAAAUGUGGACAUGCACAGCCCUCCGGUCCUCAGCGAGCGCUGGAUCACUAACAUGCAGCGCUGGAGCGGAUGCAGCACACAGAGCCGCAGCAGUACCCCAGAUACAAUCGUAUGGAAAGAGGGGAACUCGUGCCCGUCUGGUCUUACCCAAGAAACUGCUUGCUCAGCUGUAAUCGAGUCCCCUGUAUUCAAACCUAUGUCCUCACCAACCACGCCCUCCGCCUUCACAUCCCCCCUGCUCACACAGACUUUAGCUAUUUCUUCUUCUUCACUACUUAGUGCUCAUCAGCAGAAAGACGUACCUGAGACUUUGCUGACUUCCACCUCCUCCCCUUUGCCACCCAACUCCCCAAAUCUCCACUACCUCACCAGCACACAGGACGAGAGAUCCCUGGAGAAUAGCAUGCUUGCUUUUACAUUCCCCUCCCCGGUGCCGUCAUAUGUCAGCAUAUCAGAAGAGGGAGGCGCCCCAUCAGAUGCUGGAAGCUUUGUUGAUGAUGUGAUAGAGACACUGCGAAGUCCUGGAGCCACACAGUCAUUGGAGUGUGGAGGAGUGAGGAGUCCAGUGCAAGUGCUAAGCCACCUCAGGCACGAUUCCUGUCUCUCUUCAGGGCUACGCAGUCCUGGAAGCUCAAGGUUAUCAGACGGUGGAGAAAUGAGAAGCCCAAUGCAAACUGGUUACCUACUACCCAAUUCUUGUCCUCCCUCAGAGGCACAGAGUCCCAGAGGCACACUUUUAUCAGAGGGCGAAGAGAUGAGAAGCCCAAUGCAAAGGUUUGGCCACCCCACCCCUGACUCUUGUUCUUCUCCCGAACUACAAAGUCCUGGAGGAACACAGUUUAGCUUUCCAAAGCCAAUCUCCCCAAUGGAGAGGCAAGAAUCAGGAAGUGGGACAUUAGUUUGCCAUCUUGAGCUGCCGUGCCCACCAGCUGAGAGUUUGUCUCCAGGCCAAAGCAGGAGGUUACCUCUGGUUUAUUCCUUGAGCGACUCCCAGUUGGGUGAAAGCUGCAGGUGCAGCUCGAACCUGAGAGAAGGCAUCACGAAUGCUCCAAAGGUCAAUGUCUUUCGCCGGGGGGGUGCAAUGACUCCAAAUCUGGGGAUGGUGGAUGCGGCUGUGCAGACAGUCUUUCCACUCAGCUCUUUCUGGGGUAUGAGGAACACUUCCAACUCCAACAUGGGCUCUCACUCUCUCUUGGGUUCACCACCAGGAUCAAGACUAAACCUUAAAUCCUCAGUGGGGUCAAACUCUAAUCUGGUGUCCCCAUCUUCUAGCAUGUUCCCAGUUAGCAGCGAAGAGGAGGGGGAGGGACAUGAGGAUGACCCAACAUGGGAGACUGACUCUCCCAUGCACAAUCCAGAGAGAAGGAGGUCAUGUCUGAAGAUUCAGGGUGAAAUAAGGGACAAACUUCGUAGAAGGAGCAGCAUGAAGCAGGUUCAGUGGGACGAGGAAGGGAUGACGUGGGACAUUCAUGGAGCAUCUGUGGACCCUGUGGUGCUGAGCACAGCCAUCCAGAAGCACCUGGAUCUCAAGAACAGCCCCCAACCCGCCAAGAGUCCAUCAAAGAAGAAGAGGAGAGCACCAAAGCCUCCUCUCAUAUCCAACGUAGUGAAGGCCAUGACCCCAGAACUUAAUCCACCUGGGUUGAUCAUUUCAUCGGCUUGUAUGGUGGAGCCAGAGAGCGAAGACCCACCAGAGACUGAGAAAGAGGGCCGGGUGCUGGGGAAAGGAUCAGGCACAAAGGAGGACAGCACAGAAAUAGUACGAAGAGCAAGCAAGGCAGAAGCAUUUGACGGAGAGGAGGAGGAGGGGUGCGGAGAGGACAGCUCCAGCCAUGCCAAGUCACCCACACACGGGAACGGACAAGGUCGCAAGAAGAGCGUGAUCAGGUCGCUGAGGCCCGGGUGGUGUGGAGGCUCGAGAAAAGUAGAUGACUGA